UAUAAAAUCAUAUGAACUGAAGUUUUGUGGUUAUAAAAAUUAUGUUCCUACUUUUAUAUUUUUUAAAAUAAUUAUUUCUUUUGGUAGUCAAACACUUGUGAUAAGAUCCUUUUUGUUUUCUGUCCAUUAAUUUGACAUCUCGAGUGGUUUUAGCAAAAACAAGUUUUAAGUGCUUGCUACUACUGUGUGUUAGUUAUUCUGACCACAAUAAUUGUGUAGCCCUUGGAUGUAAGUAGUUCCUGUUAAGAAAUCUUGUUUUCAUUUUUUUUUACUAAGUACCACUUGAGCACCUUCAAUUGUCUUCUAUUGUUAUGAUAUCUGUGUGAAAAAAAUAAAUCUUAUAGUAUGUUUAAAGUAAAAGGAUGUCUUUGUGUUGUGAUUUCCACUGCUACUGUAUGUUCUAGUUUGAAGUGUCAUCUGCUUGCUACUUGGUAUCCUACACUGUCAUGAUUAUAGACAUAUAUAAUAUGUAUCUGUAUUUCUGGAUGUGUUUCUAGCCAACCCAUUUUGUCAUUUUUAUCCAGCACAAAAGUGUAACAACUGAGUAGAAGAACUACUGUCUUAAUUGUGUUUGAGUGUGUUAUUGUGUGUGUAAAUGACAUAUAGAGCAUAUGUCCAAAAAAUGUUGUAUUCUAAAUGGAUUCUAUAUAUUUUUAGACAGGACUGAAACUUGUUUUCUAUUUUACAUUUAAAAAGCCAACAAAUAAUAAUAUUUGUUAAAUAAUUUAACUAGGCAUAGUGCUGAACACAUUAUCCCUUCAUAUCCGAAGAUCAAAAAUAUAUGAACUCAACCUACUUCAUCUGCCCAAUGGAUCGCUAAUUCUAAAAUGAAUCUUUUUUUCUUUUAAUUUAAAAGGUUAUUUUAUCAAGUCAAGAUUGUUUUGAACAUCUGUAUUUAAAAUGGGGAUGUUACGAAAUGCUAUUGCAUUUAUAGUUGGUUUAGUUGCUUGGCAGUAUUAUGUCAACAAUUUUCCAAGCACUAAAGUACCACCUAGAGUCUCAGGAUUUUUCCAUCCUUCCUUCAGGAAAGUUGCUGAAACCUACAAACGCAACUUUGAAAGUGGGAAAGAACGAGGUUCUGCUUUUGCUGUGUAUUAUAAGGGUGAACUUCUGGUGGACAUGUGGGGAGGAUGGGCAGACCAUGACCUACAACAACACUGGCAGCAAGACACCAUCACACUGUCUUGGUCCAUGGUCAAGGGAGUCUCAGCUAUAGCGAUAGCUAGGCUUGUGGAUAUGGGACUUCUGAAUUACAAGAAAGAAGUUUACCAUUACUGGCCUGAGUUCAGAGCUAAUAACAAAGAUAACAUAACUGUAGAGAUGUUGGUCAGUCACCAGGCUGGUCUAAUUGGCUUAGAUGAGAAAAUUAGUCUGCUUGAUUACAGAGAUAACUGGACCAAAGUAGAGAAGCUUUUGGCCAAUCAGAAAACAUUUUGGCCUGCAGGAACAGCUGUUGGAUAUCAUGGGUUGACUUUUGGAAUGUACGUUGACGCAUUAGUACGCAAGGUGGAUCCUAAACAUAGAAACAUAUCUCAGUUCCUUGAAGAGGAAAUUUUAAAGCCACUAGAUAUUGAAUUUUAUAUUGGGUUGCCAAAAGAGCAGUAUCACAGGUUUGCAAGGGUUAAACUGGCCAGUUUUUGGGAGCAGCGCUUUUUCUACAGUAGUUUUUAUAAUGCAUUUUUCAACCCCUACUUUAAGAUAGCACUGGAAGUUGUGGAUAUGGGUACUGAGAUGAUGAACCAACCAGAAUAUCUGUCUGUUGGCUUACCAUCUGCAGUAGGGAUAGGAACAGCAAGAGGACUUGCAAAGCUGUACGAUUAUCUUGCCAAUGGGGGCAGCCUGCACGCCAAACGUUUGUUGUCACCAAACAUUGUUGAAUCUUUAACAGAAACUGUGACAAAUGGUUUGCCAAACUUUCUGUUCAUAGCUACACCAGUGGCCAAAGGUUUAAUGAAUUAUACAUCGCCUCAGGGUUUUUCAGUCGUAGGUCACCCAGGCUAUGGUGGAAACAAUGCUUUUGCUGACCGCUCUAAUGGCCUGGGUGUGGCCUACUUCACCAACUACCUGGGUGGGUAUCUCUUCAAUGACCCCAGGGAACAGGACCUUCUUGAUGCCUUUUAUGAAUGCUUCAAGAACUACAAGUCUGAGAAGACAAAUAGAAGAAGCGUCUAACUGCAAUCAGUUUUAGGAUGUUUUUUUUUAAUUAUCCUCCUACAUAAAAGCUGAUGUGUUAACUGAGUCUAAUCUGUUGGUAUUUAAACUAGUUUUUAAAAUAUUUGUGGGAUAAAAACAGAUCAAAUUUAAUCUUUUUUUCCACCUACAUAUAAUUCACAAACAUAUAAUUUACAUACAAUUGAUGUAAAUUUUUAUCACAAAAACACAACUCUUCAUUUACAAACACUUCACAGAUUUGUUCACAUUACUCUUCACUUAUAUAAACUCCAUGUAGAUUUUAUGCUUUUAUUUUUAAUCAAUACAAAUGUGAAGCUCAGGGUGUACGAGCCUCUAAAGAAUUGUAUACCUGAUUUGUCAGAAUGACGGUUAAAUUUGUGGGCUGAAAUGUUUUUAGUGUCUUAGCUAGUGAGAGAUUAUUUAACCAAACAUGUUAGCUAGUUGUCAAUCUAGUGAUGUUUUCUGUUGCAUUUAAUUUAAUCAUUCGUAAUUUAAUUAACAAAUAUUUUCUAUAUACUUAUUAAAUUUACUUGUUCAUACCAUAAUUUUGAUAUACAUUUUGUUAUACUAGAGUACCCAUCACAUAUUGCACACCAUUUUAUAAGGGUUUCAUUAACAUAUUACUAAUUGUGUAUUUUUGGACAUGUGACCUUGUUUUCUAUUUUACCCAAUGCAUAAUCUUUAUUUUUUAAAGUUAUACUUCGUUGAUUGUUUAACGCAUCUUUAGUUACUUGUUCUAUACUGAUGAUAGUUGGUCUUUUUGAAUAACUUCCCCAAGUUUUCAUUGUAGAAUAUAACAUCAUUUACUCUAAGUUACUUUUAAUUAUUUUUUUUACAACUGCUGGAUCAACAUUUUUACAAAUGUAAGUGUAACUGAAAAGUUGUUUAUAAUUAAUUUUUUCUUGUUAUUUUAUAGUUUUGGUAUUCCCUAUCUCCACUUUAAUAAUGUUAAAAAUUAGUCACUGUAUAAUUUAUAAUCAAGGUAAGUACUUGUCACUUUGUGAUCAUGUUAAAAACAUAUCUAUUUGUGAUUACUUUUAAAAAUUUGUCAAUGUGUGACCAUUUAAAAAACUAUUUACCUAGUUAUUUGAACAUGUUAAAAAUUAUUCACAAUGUAAUCAUGUUAAAAACUAUUAUGUAUAUAACUAAAUGUAUUUUAAAUUUGAAAAUAAGCACUUUAUUGUUACUUGUUUUAAUGAUUAUAUGAACACUUCCAUAUGUAAACAUUCCAUUAUAAUGGAUGACAAUCAUUUAAAAUAAAAAUGUAUAAUUAAAAUUUGUUGAUGAAGUUGUUGAAUUAUGAGGUGAAUGCAAUAAACUUUGACUUGGCA